AGUUCGUCGAUGGUAAACGGAAGGAUUUAAACCAAGAGAAACAGUACCAUGGACAUGAAAUAGUAUUGGUUUAUCGGGCUAAAUAAUACAAUGGAAUUUCCAUUUUCGAUCAACAAUUUACUUGGGUCUACAAUAUCAAAGUUGGAUAAUAAUAUAUCCCCUUUUAGAAAACAUGCAGAUGGAUAUGACACAAGACAACUUAGGAGACAACUCAUUGAAGUCAUUGAUCGGAUGGGAGAAGCAUCUGCAAGGGCUCAGGGACUUAGAACCAUUAUUACUACAGGACGAAAGCUUGAGUUAUCAGAUCAUAUUCUGUAUAUUAUGAGGGACGAUCAAUUAAAUGACAACAAAGGUGGUGUAGUUGGAAUAUUAAAAAUAGGACAUAAAAAAUUAUUUGUGUAUGAUACCAAGGGUCACGUACAUGAAAUGGAACCAGUAUGUGUUUUGGAUUUUUAUGUUCACGAAUCCAGACAGCGAAUGGGUUGUGGAAAACUGUUAUUUGAAUACAUGUUAAAGGAACAGAAUAUUGAUCCACAUCAUUUAGCCAUAGACAAACCAUCAUUUAAAUUCAGCAAGUUUCUACAGAAGCACUACAACUUAAAGGCAGAACUUCCACAAGUUAACAAUUUUGUCGUAUAUGAGGGGUUCUUUAGUGGACGGCCAUAUGAGGACAGUUUAAGAGGGAGACGGGGAAAUUCCAGGCCUCCUAUGCACCCAAACUCAAAUUAUAACAAUUCUGAGAUAAAGGCUGGCAGGAGACAAGGCUCUAGUCACUACAGAUACAGGAGUUCCCCCUCUAGUCAGCUGGAGUCUGACAGCUAUCAUCCCUCCAGUAGAUCAUCCCCACGACGAGGAGAGAACAUGACUCCAGAUUUGGUCCCUACCCCUCCCCGAGCUCCAUCACAUAUGGAAGUCUUGGAAAGAUUACUGAGUGACAGAGACAAAGUCCAAGACAUAAGGGGCCCCUCUCCUUCCACAAAACACAGAGCUUAUGGUGCAAGCGCUACACAUAGUCGGCACACAAACCCUUCCCCUGAGGUUGAAUCUCGACCUAAUACCACCUCUGUACUCAAUUUACAAAUUAGGAGUGAAGGGGGGAGAGGAAGUCGGCACUCCCAGAACAGAAACCAGAACGCUCAAACAAAUGGCAAAACCAGCCCACCUCUACUGCAAAGGGAACCUCCUAUCAAUUUUCAAGAAAGGGUGAAUCUUCAUCAGGAUUACAUGGGAAGAAAUGGUCACCUUAAAGUCACAAAAGCAGUUCCUUCCAGUUUACCAUCCAUCAACAACAAUCAAAACAAAAUCCAAUAUGAUGACAACCCAGCAAAAAACAUUUUAGCAGGAAUUCCCUCUCCUUGGAAGGGAAACUUUCCGAGCAAUUCUAAUUGGACUGUGUAUGGAACACCCAAUAACUAUCAGACUAUAGGAUCUAGGCAUUAUAGCCAUACAAGGUUGUGGUGAGCAGGACAGGGCAACAGUUAAUCUAGUACUGUCUUCAAACUUCUGCCUUCUUCAUGCACAAGUCAUAAUAGCCACAGAGAAGUUCAAACUGUGUUUUAGAAAAUUUAAAAUGCAUUUGUUAAAACUCUGACACUUUUUUCUCUGUUGACAGUAACAAAAAAUGCAUAGAUCUGAAAGUAAAGUAUAGUAUUUAAUGUAUAGCAUUUCUUCAAAACAUUCAACUUUUUUUCACAGCACUUUAGAGUCAUUUUUAUGGCAAGGGUUAGAUGAGAAGAGAAUGUAAAGUUAUGUGGUAGUGUUUGAAUUGAAGUGUGAUUGUGGCUUUUUUAUGAAUCAGCUUGGUUUUGUGCAGUUUUGAGAUUUCUUUUGCAAGAUAACAGACAUUGUGAAAUGGAUUUAAUAUCUUGCAUUUUUAGUUCUUUUUCUGCAUUAUUCUUAUUUUGAUCAAACAUUUGAGUCACUGAAAAAAAGAUUUGUUUGCAUAUUCAAAUCUUUUGCCAAAGAAGAUUGUUCAUUUAAUAAUGUGUUUCACAAUCAUUACAAUUCUUCAUAUAAAAGUUGAGUCACAGUAGAUAGGGAAGUUAUGGAUUGAUUAGCAAAUAUUUGAAACUUAAAUAGGUUAACAUGAACCACAUGAAACUAGUGUUAGAUUGUCAAUCUCAUGUGUGGAUCCAUGAUUUUUAUUUCUAAGGGAGUGGGGCAGGGUUCUACAUCAACCCAAACAAGCAACAAAUUGAAAUAUUUUACAUGUAACUAGCAAAAAUAACUUGAAAGUCAAUUUUCUUCAGAUGCAUCACUUUUUUACGAUUUUAAGAAAUGUCCAUGUUUUCUAGAUGGUACCAAGGUCAUAUCUGUUUACAAAGAAAUUUAAAACUCAAAAAAAAAAAUCUUAGGGAAACCCAACCCUCCUUUCCAUAGAUCAACGCUUCCCAUAGAUUAUAUGAGUUUUCUGCCUUUAACUUUUAAUUAUGUGUUUUAUGUGCAAUGAUCGAAAGCUUCUCAAUAUGUAUCUUUUCCCAUUUAACAGUUCUUCAAAAACAAAAAGAUGAAAUUGUUUAUUCGUUCGGAAAAGAAGAGCUGGAAACCUUAAGGGAUGCUCUGAUACAUGUAACUAUUCAGGCAUUGCAUAUUGUGACUGCUUUGAACACUGAAUUGUAUUCUAAAACAUGAGAUCAGCUGCUUCAAUGUUUUAUUGGUGCAUUUAUUAUUUGUAUUUUAUUUAACUAAUGAACUAUCAAAAUACAAGUAUUAUGUACAUUGGAAAAGGGUCAUAUUCAUUUUUGGCAUAAAGCUGUAUUUUCCCAUAUAAUUGUCAACUAGCAUUUACAUAAGUUUAAAGGAAAUGAUAUGAAAUGAGUUAUGACAUGGCAAUGAUACUUUGAUUUCUUGUCAUCUUUAGAAAUGCUAUUUUAAUAUGCUUAAGCAUCUUGGGUAAAUAUGUAAAUUGUGUAUUAACAUAAAUUAAUUUAACCUUUUUCCUGGUUUUGUAGAAGCAGCUGAUGUAAAGUGUUUGAUACUGCCACUCAGUAUUCUUAUUUAGUUUUUGUUCAUUUGAUAGUUAUAUUUCUGUAUUAAUUUGUUGAUUGGGUAUGCUCAGGCUUUGUAUCAAUAUUCAUAGUACGUGUACAUAAAUCUAUAAGGUUGUUACCAUAUUAUUCUUUUAUCAGUGGUGCUUUUGUUCCAUGGUUUUUUAGGGGGUUGAAUUU